GGACAAACGGCUUGGCGAAUCGGCCGCAGGUAGGGGAUCCGUCAGUAUUGGUGUCGGUACCGCGGCGAAGGGAAAACUCUUGGUAGGAAAUGGCGAAGAAUUUGUGAACGGGAAUCUUAAACUCAAGCACCUCAGGUUUGCUGUCUCUGCAGAUUUUAAAGAGUGACCAGAUAUUUCCUCUGUUACACCAAUAUAUUUAUUGUGAUCCUUGGAGAUGAAGAAUUAUCUCAUUCCAGCUGAGAAUGUGCUUUGUGACUGAGAUGAAGUUUUCUGUUGUGACUCAGUCAAAUCUAGAACUGUCGUGCUGAGAACACUAGGUCUUCAACUGCAUGGAUUGUACAAGGGAGUCACUACGUCAUGCAUCAGACUUAAUGAAUUGCCAGAGAAUUGACAGUAGGGAGAUAUCAUUCAAGUACUGUCAUGUGGAAGGAAUUCACUCAGUUAUCUGACCAACUGGCUUGCUGUUAACCUUGGGGAGCUGCUGUUCACCUGAGAAUGUGGGAAGGAAUCUAUUCAGCCGUAUGACCUAAUGACGCACUAAUCAGUUCACACUGGGGAGAUGCCGUUUACUUGCUCAGACUGUGGGAAGGGAUUUCCACGGUCAUGUCAACUGAAGCUACAUCAACGAGUUCACACUAGUAAGAAACAAUUCACUUGCUCAAACUGUGGGAAAGAAUUCAAUUCAUCAUCUCAGCUGAAGGUACAUGAGCGAGUUCAUACUGGGGAGAGGCCAUUUACCUGCUCAGACUGUGGGAAGCGAUUCACUCGUCCAUCUUACCUGCGGAAACAUCGGUCAGUUCACACUCUGGAGAAACCAUUUACCUGUUCAGACUGUGGGAAGGGAUUCACUCAGUCAUCUGACCUUCUGAGACAUCAGUCAGUUCACACUGGGGAGUGGUUGUUAACCUGCUCAAGUUGUGGGAAAGGAUUCAGUUCGUUAUCUGCCCUUCACAGACACCAGUCAGUUCACACUGGGAAGGGGUUGUUCACUUGCUCAGAUUGUGGGAAAGGAUUCAAUCGGUUAUCUGAACUUAAAAUACAUCAGCGAAUUCACAGUGGGGAGAGGCCAUUCACCUGCUCAGACUGUGGGAAGCGAUUUACUUGGUCAUCUCACCUGUACAGACAUCAACGACUUCACUCUGGAGAGAGGCCAUUCACCUGCUCCGUGUGUGGGAAAGGGUUUGCUCGGACAUCCCACCUAAGGAGACACGAAUCAACUCACAGUGUGAAGAAACCAUUCACCUGCUCAGACUGUGGAAAGGGAUUUUCUCAGUCAUCAGACCUACUGACACACCAGUCAGUUCACACGGGAGAGUGGUUGUUCACCUGCUCAGAUUGUGGAAAAGGAUGCAUCUCGUCAUCUCAACUGAAAGCACAUCAGCGAGUUCACACUGGGGAGAAGCCUUUCACCUGCUCAGACUGUGGUAAGCGAUUCACUCAGUCAUCCAGCCUGCAGACACACUUGAGAGUUCACACUGGUGAGAGGCCAUUCUCCUGCUCUGAAUGUAAAAAGCGAUUCAGUCGGUUAUCUGAACUUACGACACACUACCAAGUUCACAGUGAGGACAAAUUUUAAAUAUGUC